AGCAUGUGCACAGGAUAACUGAAGCUCACGCUAGCCAAAGGGGCCUUAUUGUGCGCUGGAGACCCCUUUUGCUCUCGUUCUCUCUCCCUCUCUCUCCCCCCGGUAAAAUUUUCUCAUGUCCAACUCCCCAGCGACAAUCCGGAUGCCAGUAACCCUAGAGCUCCCUGGGUUUCGAACCAAAACCCUAAUUUUCUCCCCGUAGCUUCGUCAAUCUCCGUCUCAGUUGCGAACUUUGCAGCUAAUCAGCCGCGAGAUCUCGAACCUAGGGUUUGUGGGAGCGAUGGAGGGCUUCAUGUUUUCGACGCCUAUGAUCAUUUCUCCAGGGAAUAUGCUGGAGGCUGCUUGAAUCCAGGAUUUUGACCGACAGACCUUUUGGGACUUUUGGUUCAGGGAGUAUGCUGAAUAAAUUGAAAUAAGACCUGUUAUUUCUCUUUAUCAUGCCAAAUGCCCAUUUCCUCUAUGGAUUAAAGGAUUUGCUAGAGGGCCAAAAGCAGGGUAUUGGAAAAUUGAUGUGGAACCUCGUAUCGGUGAUGUAGAGGAUAUGAUAGACAAUUCUGUUGCAAGAGAUUUGUUUGAGCCAAUACUAGAACCUUAUGAAGGCAUGGAGUUUGAUUCUGAAGAGGCUGCCAAGGCAUUCUAUAUUGCAUAUGCCACUCAGAUGGGAUUUAAAGCACGUGUCAGCUCAUUCAUCCGUUCAAAGCGUGACAAAACAAUCAUCUCACGGCAACUUGUAUGUUCGAGAGAGGGUUUUCGUUCAACAAAAGAUGCAAAUAAUGAAGGCAGGACUAAACGACCUCGCAUGAUAACUAGAGUGGGUUGUAGAGCUAUGAUUAUGGUAAAGAAGCAAAGCUCAGGAAAAUGGGUUGUAUCGAAGUUCGAAAAGAUCCAUAAUCAUGUACUUGGCACACAAGGUAAAGUGGUGAUGUUGGAUUAUGAUCCUUAUGUGCGUGAGAAUGAUGAAGUGAUAGAAAAUCCAAGUGGAAAUGAAACUAAUGCCCAUGGUGGGUUUGUGGGUAAUGCUAAUGAAAUAGUGGUUGUUCCACCUGAAGGGGAUCCUCAUCUUGAACCAUGUGUAGGUAUGGAGUUUGAAUCGGAGCAGGAGGCUCAAGUAUUCUACAAAGAAUAUGCUAGGCGGGUAGGAUUUAGAGCACGUGUUAGCUCGUACUAUCGAUCAAAACGUGAUAACUCAAUUAUUUCUCGGUUAAUUGUCUGUUCAAAAGAAGGCUUUCGUGCAAAGAAAGAUGAGAGUGCUGAAGAAAGACUUCAGCGGCCUAGAGCUGUUACAAGGGUUGGCUGCAAGGCAAUGAUUAUGGUGAAAAAGCGAGAUUCUGGAAAAUGGAUUGUUUCAAAGUUGGUAAAACACCAUAAUCAUGCUCUGGCUCCAAGAACAGCAUUAGAUGACGAAUGCUCUGAGGCUGAGGAUGAUGAGAUGGUCAAAAUUGAGAGGGUCUUAGUCGCACAUGAAGGAGAAGCAAUAACAGAACCAUAUGAAGGUAUGGAAUUUGAGUCUGAAGAGGCUGCAAAGUUAUUUUAUUUUGCAUACUCUAGGCGUGUUGGCUUUAAUAUGCGUGUGAGUACAUACUAUCGCUCAAAGCGUGACAAGUCAAUCAUAUCUCGGCUAUUUGUGUGCUCCAAAGAAGGAUUCUAUGUGAAGAAAGAUGUAGGUAGUGAUGGUAAGAUUAAAAGGCCUCGAGAAGCCACAAGGGUAGGUUGCAAAGCGAUGCUCAUGGUAAAGAAGAACAAUUGUGGGAAAUGGAUUGUUUCAAAAUUUGAAAAAGAUCAUAAUCACUCACUGGGGUCUCUAAGGAAAUUACGCAAAUUGCAGAAACGAAAGCAUUCUUCUGGUAAUUCAAAGAAAAAAAACCAGAUUGAACUGAACCAUGCUGAUCGGGAAUCUCCAACGCUACGGUACAACAAUUUGUGUCGUGAAGCCAUGAAAUAUGCAGAAGCUGGAGCAGCAUCUCCUGAUGUUUACAAUGUGGCUAUGCGUGCUUUACAAGAGGCUGUUAAAAAGGUUGCAGCUAUUAAAAGGAACUCUGGAGUAGUUCCCAGACUUGGAACAGAUGUCUGUGGAGGUAAUCUAGAGGACAAUAAUAACCAGUAUUGCGAGGUUGAAAGUUCUGUGCAUCUUAAUCAACAAUCCAGAACAAGAACACAUACUUCAAAUUCUCCAUCCAAGGCAAGUUAUGAGAGGCCUUCUCGGAAGUUGAGAUUGUGCAAUGCUUGCAAGCUGCCUAGUGAUCAUACCAGUCGGAGUUGUCCAACAAAGCAGCAGGUGAGUAUAGUUCCUAAUGAAGCAAUAAAUGCAAUUUCCGAUGAACCGAUUAAUGAGCUGAUGCAGCAGCAUGACUUACAGUGAUUCAGCAUGUACAGCAGAUGGUACACCUGUAAAUGUAAAUUAAUGGUAGUGCAGCUUAUGUCAAUGAAAGCUAAUAUGGCAGCCUACUAUUGGUCUUUGUAUUGUUUCACACAGAGAUCAAUUGAUCAAGCUUGUGGGCUAUUGCGGUUAGUUUUGCACUGUGAGCAUCUUCACUAAUGUAUAAAGGCUGCCAAUAAAAUGUAGUACAGGGAGAAGACCUUGGAAGUAUGGUACUCCAGAAGUCUAGGUUUAGGUUUUAAUGAGCCUGUAGAUGUUGUUAACCCCAGCGGGUUCUGUAAGAUGUAUGUCACUUGGAAAAUGGCACCGGAAGCAAAGGAAAAAUGUGAAUGGUAGGUCUGCUUUCUUGGGCUUUGCCCUUAUUUCCUUGAACUGGAGAUUAGGGUUGGUCAUGUUUAAGUGCAUGUUGCAGACAGGCAAGUAGCUUAUUCGGUGAUGCAGUGUACUUGGAGUAGAGUUAUACAUUCAUCCACCAUGUCAGCCAAAAUUGUGCUGUUUCAGUUCUUAUGGUUGCAAAAAACAAAUCAGAUAGCUAUUGAUGUAUAUGAUGUGAGCCUCCUAGACUUCGCUGGCAUGACUGGUGAUGUAUAUGUUUCAUCCGCCUUAUAGAUUUCAAGAUGACAUCUUUGUACUUCAGGGUUUUCGAGUGGUGGUGAGUUUGAGGGCUUCUGCACUGGUGGUUCUCUUCUCAAAUUCUCUCCGCCGCUAGUGAAUCUUCCUCUGUUUGUCUCCGUAUAUGGAUGUAGGCAGCAAAUGGAAGUGUGUAAAUCUCUAUAUUAUUCUGUCUCUGCUUUACCGUCUUUA